UCACACUGCACACCCAGAAGUGCUUUGGAAGUGAAAAAUAAUAAUAAGGGGUUUCUUCCAGCUGAUAUUGAUGUAAGAAAUGUAACUGCAUCACUGCUCUUUUGCUCAUCAUGUGUACAUGGCUCUCAAGAUCAAAAUUGCUGAGACUAAGGUUGUUUUGCUGAAUCUGCUUAUAUGUGUGAUCAUAUUCUACUUGGUGUAUUAUGUGGUCCUUUGCAUUUGUUUCACAACAUUCAGAUUGCAGAUGUUGGACGGACUGGCACCUUUUGAUUUUAAGACAAAGCCUUCAUGGAUUAACCCAUAUUAUUUAGUUCUUCUAGUGUCACUGGAGAUAACCUAUUUCAUCUCUGGACUACUCUAUGUCUUGGUUGUAGAAGAAUGGGUUUGGGAUUAUGCUAUAACUGUUACAAUCAUUCACAUCGCAGUAACUUCAGCCGUUAUGUCUGAAUUUCCACUGAUGAUGCACUGGUGGGCAGCUUUAGGUCUGGGCCUGAUUUCAAUGAUUUGUGGAGGGCAAUGCUUGGCCUACUACUUGUUCAGAGACAACUUUAUUUAUCCAAUCAUGGAUGAUUUCUGAAAUGCAUUUGAUGCUGCACCUUUCAACACUGCAUUUAAAAAUGUUUUGGGUCAAUGUCACUAUGCUGUUUCCAUUCAUUCCAAAUUGUACACACUAUCAUAAGUCAUGCUUCUUUCUUUGUACAGAUUUUUUUUAUGUUUAAUAAAAUUUUAUGUGUAGACAA